ACCAAACCCAAUCAACACACCUUAAAUUGAAUGGGACUGGCCGCGAACCCAAUCCCAGCCGUCGCGCUCCUCCUCUCUUUACUCGCUGCGGCGACGACCCCUCCAGUCUCCGCCAAACUGAAAAACUUCACCAUUACGUACGAUGACUUCAACUCCAACACCCAUAAACUGCGCUUCAUCGGCAGUGAUUCGAGUGCGGGCAAGGGCGCCCUCCAGCUCACGGUGGACGAAGUAAACAGCACUCCCCCAUCCACCAACAAUUCCGGUCGAGUUUUAUACCACAGGCCUUUCAAACUAUGGGAAGGCCAAAACGACUCCGACCGAGUGGCUUCGUUUAGCACCUCGUUCCUCGUGAACCUCAACCGAGAGAGCAGUUUCCCCACCCCUGGUGAAGGCCUGACGUUCGUGGUGGCGCCGGACCACAAUCUCCCGCCGAAUAGCUUCGGCGGGUACUUGGGUCUGACUAACGCCGCCACCGACGGCCACGCUUCGAACCAGAUUAUCGCGAUCGAGCUCGACACGUUUCAAGAACCCUGGGACCCGGACGCAAACCACGUCGGACUUAAUAUAAACUCCGUCAUAUCUAACAAGAACACCUCGCUGAUCCCCGAGUUGGUUUCGCGCAACGCAACGGACAAUUACUUCAACCUCUGGAUCGAGUACGACGGAAUCAAUAAGUUCAUCGCGGUUUACAUGGCUCAACAAGAACUCCAAGCGGAUCCGCAGCCACCCAGACCCAUUAACCCGAUUUUGUCAUCGUAUCUGGAGCUCAGAGGGAUCGUGAGUCAGAACUCGUAUUUUGGAUUUUCGGCAUCAACAGGCAACGCAGCAGAACUCAACUGCGUUUUACGGUGGUACAUGACGGUGGAGUACUACCCCGACGAAAAAUGGGUGAACAUUGGCCUCAUCAUCGGGAUACCAACGGUACUGGUGCUUUUAACGGCGUUGGUGGGUUUGGUAUAUUACUUCCGAAAGAGGUGGUUAUGGCAACGGACGGACCGGCAAAUGUCGGGAAAGGUGAAGAGCAUGCCCGGGAUGCAGAGGGAGUAUCAGUACAGAGAUUUGCAGAAGGCUACGAACAAUUUUGACAAGGCAAUGAAGUUGGGACAAGGUGGGUAUGGAGUGGUUUACAAGGGAAAAUUGGCGAAUCAGAAGGAUUUGGAGGCUGCAGUGGAUCAGGAUUUGGUGGUUGCAGUGAAGAUGUUUUCUAGAGAGAGUUUGAAGGGUCAGGAAGAUUUCUUUCAAGAGCUUACAAUCAUCAAUCAACUUAGGCACAAAUACCUUGUCCCAUUACUGGGAUGGUGUCACAAUCACGGGAAGUUGCUGUUGGUUUACGACUACAUGCCCAACGGCAGCCUCGACAAACACCUUUUCGGCGAUGCCAACAACACGCCGUUGAGCUGGAAUCUCCGCCACAAGAUCGUCACCGGGGUAGCCUCUGCCCUCCACUACCUCCACAACGAGUACGAAAAGAGGGUGAUCCACCGCGACGUCAAGGCCAGUAACAUCAUGCUUGAUGCUGAGUUCAACCCGAAGCUUGGAGACUUUGGCCUUGCACGGGCCCUAGACUACAAGAAAACCUCGUACAUGGAAGCCAAGGGUGUUGCGGGAACAUGGGGGUACAUGGCCCCCGAAUACGUGUUCACGGGCAAGGCCACCGAGCAAUCUGAUGUAUAUGCUUUUGGAGCAGUACUGUUGGAAGUUGUUUGUGGUCGUAGGCCCAGGACCCAAAUUGACACGUACCCGUUGUUAGUAGAUUGGGUCUGGGCCUUGCAUCACGAAGGCCAGUUACUUAAGGCGGUAGACGGUAGGCUCGGGGAGGACUAUGAUGCGGAGGAGGCCCAAAGAUUUUUGCUUCUGGGCCUGGCCUGUUCUCAUCCGACAGCAAGUGAAAGGCCAAAAACUCAGGAAAUUGUUCUGAUGCUAUCGGGCUCGGUGCCAGUGCCCUACGUGCCACCGUUCAAGCCGGCUUACAUGGCGCUAUCGGUGGCGAUGGGGAAUGAAGGCAGCAGCAGUCAGGCCACUACCACCAACUCAACGUCCUUUACGACCGCGGAUCAUUAUGGAUCAGGUUCGGCACCAGUGGCCAUUAACCCAGAAAUCCAACACCCAUAAAUUGAAAAUUAAGAAACCAGAAGCUUUCCAUCCGUUUCG